AUGGAUUUCCUUCAUAGAAAUGGAGUGCUCAUUAUUCAACAUUUGCAGAAGGACUACAGAGCUUACUACGAGUUUCUAAAUUUCAUGUCCAAUGUUGGAGACCCCCGGAAUAUCUUUUCUAUUUAUUUUCCACUUUGGUUUCAACUUAAUCAGACAGUUGGAACCAAGAUGAUAUGGGUAGCUGUCAUUGGGGAUUGGUUCAAUCUUAUAUUUAAGUGGAUAUUAUUUGGUCAUCGGCCUUACUGGUGGGUCCAAGAAACUCAGAUUUACCCAAAUCACUCAAGUCCAUGUCUUGAACAGUUCCCUACUACAUGUGAAACAGGUCCAGGAAGUCCUUCUGGUCACGCAAUGGGCUCCUCAUGUGUCUGGUAUGUCAUGGUAACAGCUGCCCUGAGUCACACUGUCAGCCGGAUGGAUAAGUUCUCUGUCACUCUGCACAGACUGACCCGGUCAUUUCUUUGGAGUCUUUUUUGGUUGAUUCAAAUCAGCGUCUGCAUCUCCAGAGUAUUCAUAGCAACACAUUUUCCUCAUCAAGUUAUUCUUGGAGUAAUUGGUGGCAUGCUGGUGGCAGAGGCCUUUGAAUACACUCCAGGCAUCCAGACAGCUAGCCUAAGCAUGUACCUGAAGACCAACCUCUUCCUUUUCCUGUUUGCACUUGGCUUUUACCUGCUUCUCAGACUCUUGGACAUUGACCUGCUAUGGUCUGUACCCAUAGCCAAAAAGUGGUGUGCCAACCCAGACUGGAUCCACAUUGACACCACACCUUUUGCUGGACUUGUGAGAAACCUCGGGGUUCUCUUUGGCUUGGGUUUUGCAAUCAACUCAGAGAUGUUCCUUACGAGUUGCCGAGGGGAGAAUGGCUAUAAGCGGAGCUUCCGGUUGCUCUGUGCCAUAACCUCUUUGACCACACUGCAGCUCUACCACUUCAUCAAGAUCCCAACUCACACAGAGCAUUUAUUUUACAUGCUGUCUUUUUGUAAAAGUGCAUCCAUCCCAUUGACUGUGGUGGCUCUGAUUCCCUACUGUAUACAUAUGUUAAUGAAACCAAGUGAAAAGAAGAUGAAAUAG